UCUCUCUCUCUUGGUUCGUGAUCUAUUCGUUGAUUUAAUUUCAAUUAUUGUGAUUUACAUUGAUUUUCAUUUGUUGUUACUCACCAAUUAAUUAACCGAUCCCAUCAAACGACUAUUGUUACAUUGUUAACCUUGGAUACUUUUUUCUCUCUCACUCUCUCUUUUUUAUUCUUUGUCUCUGUCUCUCUUUCUCUCUCUCUUCUCAUUUUAAUGGUUUACUUUUAUUGAUUUUGUACCUCGAUUAAUUUUUUUGUUGUUUAGCUUUUGAUUAACAUUUCCUUUUUUUUAUUAACUGUCUAUUAAUCCUUUGGAUUGUUGUUACUUUUGAUUGUGUCAACAACCAGUUGAUUAUUUUCUAUUGCUUAGUUUACCUCUGAAUCGAAUUUUUGUUUUAUUCUAAAAAGAAAACCGAAAAAUUCUAUUCUUUUCUCUGUCUAAUAUGGAUACUAUUGAUUCUGCAAUCGCUAGUAUUGAACCGGUAAAUGUUUCCAAUAUUUCACUUGAAGAUCCUGUGGGUUUGAAAAACGAUGAGAAACAACCAUCACCAUCUAAGGAAAAUUAUCCGGAAGAUCGUCAAUCACCUCAAUCACUUUCAAUUGUUUCCAAUGUAUCUACAAGCUCUUCUUCAGAGGUAGCCCAAGAACCAUUUAGACCAAAAUAUAAAGUUAAAGUGUCAACCAAUAGUAUAACAAAAGAUGGUGAAAGUGUCAUUUAUAAACUGACCACAACAUCUUUAAUGGAUGAAUCUUCUGGUAAAGAGUGGAAAGUUGAAAGGAUAUAUGAUGAUCUUCAACAAUUGAAUCAAAGUUUAACUGCAUCAGUUGCUCCUGGUUAUGGUUUAAUUAUGCCACCAUUACCCGAAGAAUCAAUGACCAAUCCCUUACAUGCUAAAGAAAAGAGUAGAGAAAAACUUGGUCCCAAUACAAGAACUCUAAUCGGUGAUGAAUGGUACAAAGAUUGCUGGCAAAUCCAAGAAUAUUUAAGAUUACUUCUUAAUCAUCCAAUUUUCGGCCAUGAUAAGAUUUGGGAACAAUUUCUUUGCUCCCUUAAUCCACCCCCAAGAGUUAAAUUACCCAAAUCUUCAAAUAUAUUGGGUAAAUUAUCUGAAAACAUUGAUUCCCGAGGAAGGUCAACACAUAAAGAUUGUGAAGAAUAUUUUCAAAAAGAAAGAGACUGGGCCAACCAAUAUUCCCAUGCGAUUAAAUCAACUUCCAAAGCUUUUAAUUCGAUUAUCAAUGCAAGAUUAAAACUCUGUGGAUCUCUAUCACAUUUAUCGACAACUCUUAAUUUAAAUAUCCCCGGAAGUAGUGAGAAUCAAUCUAAUCGUCAAGCCAUGAAAUUUGGAAACCUUUUCUCAAUUGCCAUUGAUGAUUAUCAGAGAGGUCUGGAAGUUAUCAAUUUCAAUGAUGAAGCCACUCUAGGAUCAAGCUUUGAUUUAUGGUCUCGUUAUAUUGAAACGGAAAAGGAAAUGCUUAAUCGUCGAACUGGUUUAAUGAUUGAAUACGAGAAAUCAAAUAGAAAUCUAGAUAAAGCAAAACCCCACAAACGAGAUGAGGCCGAACGAUUGAAAUUGGAUGCGGAAAAAAUAUUCGAGGAUUGUUCAGAUAUCGCUCGUCAUGAGAUUAAACGAUUUCAUAAGGAACGAUCAACAAUGUUAAUCUCAGCAAUUAAGAAAUAUUGUCAAUCUCAGUUACUCGUUAACAAGGAUAUCCUCCAAUUGUUACUUAUUUCAUUUGAAAAUUUGAAACAAUUUCGUAUCGAAAGUUAUUAAUCAACCUGAUUAACCAAUCUAAUCAACUUUGCCAACAGUCACCAUCCCACCAUUGUCAUUGUUAAUUAUUACUAUUAUGUGAUUAACUUUUAUUGAAACAAAGAUUAUGUUAUAACUGUGGGUUGAUUUACUUUUAUAAUUUAACUUCUCUUUAUUUUUCCCUUAUUUUUUAUAAUUUUCACAGUUAAUUGUUAAUUAAUUGCGUCAACAGUUGAUUCUCAUUUGUUUUCCCAAAUUUAAUCAAAAGGCAAAACAUCAAAGAAAAUUGAUUGAUAAAUAUUUAAUCAUUCCGAUACUUUUUUUACUCUAUUAACAGAUAAUCUGUAACAUUAAUUAAUUUAUCUUUAUUAAAAUGAUUUACUAAUCAAA